AUGGAUCGAUGGAUCUUGCCGCUUGGAACCAAGACGCGCAAAAUUUCGAGCCGGAUCGAUCGACCGACGAAUGGAGUGAAAGAAAAGGAAGAGCCGGCGGGAAACAAGAGCUUCCUGGGAGCUCUCCACGAAAUCGCUGCGUCGUCACGCGCGCGACUUUAUAGCGCUUUACAGAAAUCGACGGCGCUAACGAUGCCCGGCCAACGGGCACGAUUGUCCCACGUCACAUGUUUGCCGCGCAGGAAUCGAACGCCCGAGGGGUGUCAAACAAAUCCAACCAUUACGAUUAAGCUAGCGCCAUGCGCCGACGGCGCCGCGGAGGAAGACCUCCACGAAGAACUCGACGAAGAGGAGGAAGAACUCGAGGAAGCAUUGCUCGCGGAGCUAGAGCGAGGCGGAGAGGCCAUUUCUCGCAUGGGCGCCUGGGAUUUGCCCUCGGCGAAGAUCCGGUCCCCGAUCAUACAAAUCCGGGUGGGAUUGAAGGAGAAGGAGCCCGGGCGAUCCGCGCCAGUGAGCAUUCGCAUGAGAUGCUGGUGGGCGGGCGGGCCGUGGAAUUGCCACUCCAGAUCCUCGGUGAUCAUCGCGCCGACCGCCGCGGCAUCGCCCACCGUCUACACAAGAAAGCUGGUGACAGUAGUUCCAGAGGGACACGUGUCUGUUGUCAAUCAUUGCCGGAAUGGGCAGCCCAUCCCUGACACGUGGUCACUUUCCAUUCACAAGAAUAGAAAUCGAGCUGUCGAGCCGGCCUGCCGGAAUUUCUCCGAAUUUCUCGACUUUUCCAUGAAUUGGAUGUCCCGAUCUCGCGAGCAAGCAGCUCUAAUCGAGCUGUCGAUCCGUGCCGGGCGCGUUCGUGGGAGAGACAUUGCCAAUGGGGCGUGUCUCGCCCGAGCUCUCAUUCAUCCAAUUUCGCAGAGCUUUCUGUCCAUUGGAUCGUUGAGAGAGACCCUGCGCCGGGCGUGGGAAGCCGCCUGGCUGCCCUCCCUUUGCAAGUCAAUCCCCAGUUCUCGAUUUUUACCGCACCAUAUAAAUCGCUGGACUGGACCGCGCUGCUACCCUGGAUCCAGCGAGCGGCGAUUUAAAGGCUGGUAUGGGAUGGGAUGUGAACGAUCGAUCGACAGAUAUGGCAAUCUAGCUCACACGGCCCGAGAUCGCACAGGCGAAAAGGGGAAGCGGAUGGAGUGGUGGUGGCUCACUUGCAUUGACGAGCACAAUCAAUCCAUCCUUGGGGGCCGGUUUGUUCGUCCCCAAAUGAUAGAGAGAAAGGGAGAGUCUGUGCGUGUGCAUUCCUGGCCUCUGGGUGUCCUCGUAGCCAUUGGGAUCGUCUCCAGGAGCGUGAAGGAUGGAGAUGCAAACACGGCCGUCCGGAUAGACUGCUCGCGAGAUUCACAAAGUCAGCUAGAGAAGAGUUCCAUCGAUCCCCGCCGUGGCGCAAGCGGAAUAUACUUGAUGACACGUGGGAAGCGUUGGCUCCGUGGAUGUAGCCCCCUACACUGCAGGCUCCAACGGUCGCGAUUAUUUUCCCCCUUCGUGUGGGGCGAUUUACAAGGCGGGCUAGGAUUGGUAUAUGUAUGCAUGUCAAAGAAGCGAUCUAGAGGCGACGCUGAUAUAUCCGAUGAGGAAGAAGACCUAGGCGCCGGGAGCAGCGAUCUUCUCGAGCGGCCCAGCAUGGAGAACAUAUGGAAGGAGGCGUUCCCUGUUGGAACAGAGUGGGACCAGUAUGAUAAACUUUACGAAGUGAACUGGGAUUUCUCAAAUCUCGAGCGAGCAUUUGAGGAAGGAGGACAGCUCUAUGGGAAGCGAGUGUAUAUGUUUGGCUGUACCGAACCUCAACUUGUACAAUUCCGGGAUAACCAUAAGGUGAUUCACAUUCCAGCUGUCGUUGCGGUGACGUCGCCCUUCCCUCCCUCGGACAAAGUCGGGAUAAAAUCAGUUCAGAUGGAAGGUGAAAUGAUCGUCCCUAUGAGAGAAAUGAAGAUGGACUGGAUGCCUUACAUACCGGAAGACGUUUUGACGCAUAGUUCUUUGGAGCGAUACAAGUGCGAGAUUUUUACCCUGAAGUGCACUCAAAGAAGAGUAGCUCUGAGGCAUUUGAAAAAGGAGCGCAUCAAGAAGUACGAGUACUGUCUGCCAUAUCUAUACCGACCAUGGAGGGAGGAAGAAAAGGAAGACGAUACUGUUGUCUCUAUUAUGUUCACUAUGGAUGAAGGAAAACCACCGAUUGUCACGCAAUACGACUGGGCUUUUGACGAACUCGAGGAGUUCACAACAAACCUUAUCGACGAAGAAGCACUGCCAAAAGAUGAGAGGGAAAAGUUCCAGGAAUGCAUAAUGGAAAACGUCAAGGCCGAGAAGAAGAGACAGAAAGAGGCUCGAUUGGCUCGGAAGAAAGCCAUCGAAGAGAUGAGCGAGGAGAAAAAGGCAGCUCUGGAGAACAUGAAACUAUACAAGUUCUACCCCGUGAAAACCGACGACACUCCUGAUGUUGAGAACCUCAAGAGUCCUUUCAUCAACAGAUACUACGGCAAGGCGGACGAGGUUCACUGAUCCUCGGCAAUCGCAUUUUUAUCUUGACAAGAAACAAUUAGCUACGUAGAGAGGCUGAGAGGGGCGAUCUAAAAAUUCUUUUUUGUUCCUUGGAUCUUUUUUUCCCUCUUCCAUCUCCCUCGAUCGAGAUGAAGCUCGGGAAAAAAAAAUCUCGCUUGUACCAUCUGAGAACGAGGAAAAGAACUGAUGAAUUGUUUGGUUUU